UUACAAUCAUGAACUUAGGUUUAAUGAGGAUUUCUGACCUGAGUCUUGUUUCCACUUUACCAAUUCUGCUACUUCUCACCAGCGGGAGCGUCGAGCGAGUUCGAUUCGGAACGGUUUGCUAUGGGUCGGACCUUUCGAUAAAAGGGCAUGGACACGGUGCCGUACCACACUGGCGAAGGGCUUUCAAGAACGUUCAGUCCGGACUUGGACCCACGGUUGUGUGGGUGGAUAACCUGAACAACGUGGUGUUGAACACGUUUAUAACUUUUGGUAAACGGCGAUUUCCUACCAUUCUAGCUCAUUUGGCGUUCUUUUUGGAAAUGUGGCCACGAUGGCAUUCUGGAGCUCCCGAGGACAAAUGGAUUUAGCUUUCCCCGUACGCAUUAAGGCAGGAAAGGAGUUUACGAUAAAAGACAAUCAAACUACGAUGGCCGAUGCCGAAACGGCGCUGGCUACAAGUAUUAAAACUGAACCGCUUGAUGUGGAUAAUGGGGGCGCCGAGGAUGUUGCGGUAUAUCAGCAUUCUAUAGAAGACGUUCAGGACGACGCUAGCCAAGUGGCAAUUUCCAAGCCAAAUGUUCAGCAGCUCUUGGACAUGGUUGUCGAUUGGGUCCACUUACGGCAUGUCAUGCUUUACGAGUUUCACAAAGGAUUAAAGGCUACAAAAACCUUUAGAAACAUCCGUGCGGUUUAUAAACAUCAGGCACCAGCUAAAAAAACAGUGUUUAAAUAUUUUACCAAAUUUUGUCUUGGAGAAUUCAACCUUCAAGAUUUGAAUCAAGCUCAGCAUGAUGUUCCGCAAUCAUCUGCACUCAGAGAGAUCUGCAUCACUGAGGAUUUCCUAAAUAUUGAUGAUCCGGAAACUAGCCAAUAUAAUAUUCUUUCUGUUGCUAAUAUGAUGGAAUACGAUGAUUCAACCGUGAUCGAAGAAGGGAUUGUGGAAAAUAAGCGAAAAUAUCAAUGCGAAAUAUGUCACACAACGUUUACACGCAAUUUCUCAUUAAAUCGACAUUAUGGAGUAAUGCAUCCGGAUAAUCCACAAUUUGGAUGCAAGUAUUGUAAAGAGCGUUUCCCUACGUCGAAAAAACUACGAUUGCACGAAAACCGAUGUAAAGAUACAAAUUCUGAACAACUUGAAGAACCUAAUGCAGCACUUCUUAAGGAAAAGCAUUGCCAUGAGCCACCUGACAAUAUUUCCGAAGAAAAUCCUAGAGAUCUUCGAAAUAGCAGCAUUGCUGAGGAUAACGUAUUAAUUAGAGAUGCAAUACCAACAGACGGUGCUGAAAAUUUUAAUCAUGAAUUUAGGUGCGACAAAUGCCUGGCUACGUUCAAGCUCAAAAAUUCUUUGACGGACCACUUUGUAGUGAAACAUUUGGGAAAACAACGAUACCAGUGUGAGUUUUGUGGGAAACGUUUUUUCUAUGGGUUAAAAUACGAGGCUCAUCGGAAUAAUGAUCAUCCCAAAGAAUACGCUGCACUACUGAAAGAAAGGAAUCUUCUAACGUUGCCUAAAAAUUGCUUGUUUCAAAUGGAUGGUUGCAAAGUAGUCGAAGGAAGUUCUACCGCAGCAUCGUUAGAAUCAAACACUUUCUCUGAAGAACAUUUAAGCUCACUUCCUGAUAAAAACGUGAUGGAAUUCGAUGGUUUAAACGUCAUCGGAGAAGAAAAUACUCGGCCUAAUGAGCGAUACGAUGCAGAUAUGAAUGAUACAGUUGGAAAAAAUUUCCAAUGCAAAAUAUGUCGCGUAUUGUUUACCCGUAAAUUCUCAUUGCAACGACAUUAUGCAGUACAACAUGCGAUUAAGCUUAAAUUCGAAUGCGAGUACUGUAAUGCCCGUUUUCCUACACCGAAAAAACUAGAAAAGCAUCGAACUCGAUGUGAGCUUCAACAUUUUGAACAACUUGAGGAAGAUGCUGCGAAUUUCAAACGUAAAUAUAGUUGCGACAAAUGUCCGGCUACGUUCAAGCUCAAACAAACUUUAACGGACCAUUUUGUAGUGAAACAUUUGAAAAAACAACGAUAUGAGUGUGAGUUUUGUAGGAAGCGUUUUUUCUAUGGGUUAAACUAUGAGUCUCAUCGGAAUAAUGUGCAUUUUGAGGAAUACAAAGCAAUACUUAAAAAAGAGGGUCUCCCAUCGAUGCCUAAAAAUUGCUUGUUUCAAAUGGAUGGUUGCAAUGUUGUCGAAGGAGUUGAGGAUAAUCUAUUGAAAAGUGAUUCCAAAUCAAGCACUAUUUCUGAAGACCAUUCAAGCACUCCUACCAUGAAUGAACUGACUGCAAAUUGCCCGUUCAAACAGGAACCACAAGCGGAUGAAAUAAAUUUUGAUGAUUUGAUAGAAGUCAAAGAAGAGGAUGCUUGGAAGAAUGAGCUGUACGAAUCGAGAGUACAUGAAAUGAGUUGCGAAGAACGGCACAAAUGUGACGGAUGCGAAUUAACUUUCAAAAAUGAGAUAUCUCUUUGGGACCAUUUCACAUCGAGGCAUUUGGAAAAACCGCGGUACGAGUGUGAGUUCUGUGGGGAACGUUUUGACUAUCACCAAAAAUACUGUAGCCAUCGUAAAAAUAACCAUCUUGAGGAGUACAACGCUCUUCUCAAGCUAAAGAAUGUCCGAACGUUGCCCAUUAAUUGUUUGUUUAAAAUGAAUGGUUGCAAAAUUGUGGAAGAAGGCAUUCUUCCCGUGAACGAACAUAUCGGUGACGAACUUGCAACAAACGAAUCAGAAACGGCGAUAUCGAAUCAAUCGGAGAAAAAGACAAACAAAUCAGUAAAGUAUGAAUGCAAAUUAUGCCACCAAACGUUUAAGACUACCUACUACUUGGAUUUCCAUUAUGCUUCGAGGCAUAGGAAUGAGCCGCAGUAUGAAUGCGAGUACUGUAAAAAGAAAUUCCUUAAGUCGGAAGGAUAUAAAACGCAUCAGAGGCGUUGUAUGUUAAACAAGUUUAGAAACAGAUACCGCUGUGACAGAUGCCCUGCUACGUUUAAUUACAUUACAUAUCUGAAAGAUCAUUUUGCUGCGAAGCAUUUGAAAAAACAGCGAUACGAAUGUGAAUUUUGUGGGAAACGUUUUUUCAAUGUUCACAAUUAUAUUUACCAUCGAAGAACAAAGCAUCGUGCGAAAUACGAGGCGCUACUUAAGCGAUGUAAUGUCAGCAGAUUGCCACACAAUUGCCUGUUUCGAAUGGAUGGUUUGAAAAUGUAUAAAACUCCCAACGCUGAGACUCCUACAACUUUAAGCAUCCUUCCUAUGGACGAACCAACGUCUAUUUUCUUAUCUGAACUUGAUAUAAAUGAAUCACAAACAGUAGAAAGUGAUCUUGAGGGUUCAAUCGCCACCGAAGAAGAGGAUGCUUGGGUGAAUGCGUUGGAUCAUGCCAAAAAGAACUAUGAAUGCAGAUUAUGUCACACAAGGUUCACCCGUCGUGACAAUUUGGAUCGGCACUAUGCAGCAACGCACAAAACUGAGCCACAGUUUGAAUGCGAGCGCUGCAAUCAGCUUUUCCUAAGGUCGACAGAACUAAGAUCACAUCAAGUGGGUUGUGGACUUAAAAAAAUAUUUACCACAACCACGUCAGAUCCAGCAGUGCCCAGAGAGAACUGCAUUUCUGAGGAUAAUCUGUUGCCUGAUGAUCCUAACGCAAGCAAACUGGUCUGUUCAGAUGAAAGUUUAAGCAUUCCUCAUGCAGAUGAACCAACAGCAGGAUCAUCAUUCAAACUAGGAUCAAAUGAAUCACAAACGGCCGAUAUGGAUUCAGAUGAUUCGGUCUUAUUAGAAGAACAACGAGCUUGGGAGAAUGAGUUGGCCGACACAGAGAUUAACAAUGACAACCGAAAUCAGGAACGGGGGUUCAACUGUGACAUUUGCCAUUCUUCGUUCAAAUCAUUUCUAUACCUAUCGGAUCACAUUAUAGCGCGGCAUUUCAAAAAAUUCAGAUACGAGUGUGAAUUUUGCAAAAAACGUUUCUUUUAUCAUCAUAAAUAUUCUUACCAUCGGAGACAUGUGCACCUUAAGGAGUACAACGCACUGCUCAAGGAAAGGAAUGUCCGGACGCUGCCUUUCAAUUGUUUGAUUAAAAUGGAUGGGUGUAAAAUUCUUGGAGACAUUGCCACCAGAACAACAUCCGGCUCAAGUGGGCUCCUUGGUAUAGCGGAGGAUAAUCCGCCGGUUUGCGAUCCUAUUUCAAAUACCCACUCUGAAGAGCUAUCAAGUCUUCCAACGGACGAACCAACAUCAAUCUUAUCAACCUCACAACUCGAAACAAAUGAAUCACAAUGGGUGGCCACGGAAUUGGAUUAUUCAUUCGUUUUCGGAGAAGCCAAAGCUUCGGAAAAUGAGUGUCUGGUUUCUGGGACAAACGAUGAGCAGAAAACAUAUAAAUGCAAAAAUUGUCACAAAACAUUCGACCGUAAGUUCAAUUUGAAUCGUCAUUAUGCAAUCAUGCACAAGAAUGAGCCGCAAUUCAACUGCGUGUACUGUGGCGAGCAUUUUCUUGAUCCGGUGGAACAACAGUCGCAUCAAAUACAAUGUUAUAAAGAGUCCAGCCGUCUCGGGGCACGGACAUACAUUGCACUGCUUCAGAAAUGGGGUAAACUGCCCCAGGAAGAUGUUCCUACGGAAAAUACAUCAACAUUAAGUGCGCUAGUCGGUACCUGCGUUGCUGAGGAUAAUUUGAGUGUUGGCGAUCCUGAUACAAGUGAACUAAGCCAUUGUGGAGAGUCUUCUACAAAUACGGAACAAAAACCCUAUAGAUGCGGAAUAUGUCAAAAAACAUUUACCCGUAAAUUCAGUGUGAAUCGUCACUAUAUAAAUAUACACCAGUACGCACCAAAGGAGUUAACAUCAAAAUUAGUUGUUCCCGAUGAUAGCUACAUUGCUGGGGAUAAUCAGAGUAUUGGUGAACUCUAUCCUGAAGGCCUUUCUCAAAAUGCAGGCACUAUAUCAGACUCUAGUGGGGUUCUAGGUGUUGCUGAAGUAAGAAUCGGUGAUCUUGAUACAAGUAAACUAAACUAUUCUGAAAGGCAUUCUACAGAUGGGAAACAAAAAAACUACGAAUGCAAAAUAUGUCACAGAAAUUUUUACAGCAAAUUCAAUAUGAAGCGUCAUAUUGCAAUUAUGCACAAGGACGCUCCUAAGGAAAUAACAUUCAACCUAAGCGCGUCAAACGAAGCUUCAGGAUGUGCUUCAUCCUCUCUUGGAAUAAACAAUGAAGCUCGAACGGUGGAAUCAGAUUUAAGUGAUUUGAUCGCUACCAAAGAAGAUAAUGGUUCUAAAACCGAGCAGUCCGAUACAGAGACGAACGAUGAGAAGGGUGUGUCUGUUGAAUACCAUACGGGCACACUGAAUCGCCACUAUUCAUCGGUACACAAGAAUAAUUCCGAAUUCAAAUGCAGGUACUGUAACGAGCGUUUCAUUCGAUCUUUCGAACGGAAUCUGCAUCAAAGGCGAUGUGUUAAAGUACGAUACGAGUGUGAAUUUUGUGGCAGACGUUUCAACAGUCGUUCACAGUAUGGUAAACACCGUAAACGCAAGCAUCCCAAAGAAUACAAUGCACAGCUUAAGAAAAACAAGACACGUAUUCUGCCCUGCAAUCGCUUGUAUAAAAAGGUUGGACGAAAAUUUGACAGUGAACCAAUACAAGAGGAGGACCCUACAGCACCUUUCCAAACAACAGACAAUGAACCAAAGCCAAGCUGUUUCAUCGAUACUGAAGCCACAGAGAAGCAAACUGGGGAGAUUGAAUCCUAUGACUCAACUGUAAUCAAAGAGAAGGGCCCUGAAGCACUUUCCAGAACUACGCCUGAGAAUGAACUAAAGCAAAGCUGCCCAAUCGAUACAGAAGCCACAGAGCAGCAAACUGCGGAUACGGAAUCCUAUGACUCAGCUGUUAUCAAAGAGGAGGACGCUUGGAAAAGCCAGCUAGACGAAACCAACGAAGAGCUUCGUUUUAAAUGCACGGAUUGCCCGAGAGAGUACGCUUUUAAAGGCUCAUUGGAACGACAUUACACGGAAGCACACACCAAAAAUCAGUUGUACAAAUGUAAGCACUGUCAGAAGCGAUUCAUUAUGGCACGUGCACACAUACAACACCAGAAGUUAUGUAAGUCUGUUAAUAAAUGCGGAGAGUGUGGUAUGAAGUUUAGCACGAAAUCGUGCUUGAUGGAUCAUUUUGCAUCGAAGCAUAUUAAACAACCAAGAUAUGAAUGUGAGUUUUGUAGCAAACGGUUUUCACAUCGCCAUGUAUAUCGUUAUCAUCGAAAAAAUAAGCAUCUCGAGGAAUACAACGCACUAUUAGCACAAUAUGAAGGUUCUGCGUUACCCUAUAACUGUUUGUUCAAAGUCGAUGAAAGUGCAAUGGCAAAGGUUGUGAAUGACGAAAAAAGCAUUCUUCCUGGGGACGAACCAACAGCAAGAUCAUCAUCCAGAGCAGCCGAAACGGAUUCGGAUGAUUCGGUCUUAUUAGAAGAAAGGCGAGCUUGGAUGAAUGAGUUGGUCGAUACAGAGGCGAACGUUGCAAAGCGAAAACGGAAACGUGAACGUCGCUGUGCCAUAUGUAAUACUUCAUUUAGAUCCAAUUUAUUUCUAUCGGAUCACAUGACAGCGCGGCAUUUAAAAAAACCACGAUACGAGUGUGAGUUUUGCGGGAAACGUUUUUGUUAUCAUCAAAAAUAUGGUUACCAUCGGAGACAUAUGCAUCCUGAGGAAUUCAACGCACUGCUCAAGGAAAAGGAUGUCCGUACGCUGCCUUUCAAUUGCUUGUUCGGAAUAGAGGAGUGGAAAAAUUUUGAAGAUAUUUCCAACAUAACAACAUCAGACUCAAAUAAGCUUCAAGCUGUUGUUGAAGAUAAUCUGUUGGAUUGUGAUCCAACAGAUGUAGGUGUUGCUGAAGAUAAUCUGUUGGAUUGUGAUCCUAACUCUAAGACCGACACUGAAGAGCAACCAAGUCAUUCAAGUUUGAGUGACCGUUCGAUUGUUCCGGUUAGGUGUACCGGGUUGAGCUCAAUUAGAGCGGUAGGAAAGAAAAAGCCUGCAACGAGCAACCUAAACCUGGAACCGAUGAUGGAAGGCCCUACCGGAGAGCUGUACAGCUGCGUGACAUGUCGCCGCCCAGAUUCAGCGCAGAGCAUGGUCGCUUGUGACGAGUGUUCGCAAUGGCAACAUUAUGGAUGCGCCGGUGUUACGGCUACCAUAGCCGAUCGAAGCUGGCUCUGCUGCAGAUGCGUAGCUAGUCACAACGCAGUUAAUUUUACUCAAACCGGCAACAUAAACUCGCCCGAAGCACGCACAACAUUUGCUUCUGCUCGCGCGGUCGAUCGUGAUGAUAAUACCACCGGUCCAAUUAGUGGGAGACAGGACGAUCGAAAUUUCGGAAGACUUCAAUCGUCGUCUAAUUCGAAUGCCGGAUCAGUCGUCUCAGUCAAUGCUAUUGCUCAUCUUCGUUUGAGGCACCUGAAAGAGCAAAAGGAUUUGGAGGAUCAAAAAGCGGAACGGGAUCGCGAGUUUCUCGCUAGAAAGCAGCAGCUAGAAGCAGAAAUAGCUCUGGAAGAGCUCAAUGAAGGGUGUGAUCGUAGCGUAGGAGGAAAAAGUCAUCGAAGUAUCGCCGGUUGGGUGGAACAACAAUGCGGAUUCGUGCAUACUUCUACCCCAGUCCAGCAGAAACCCGAGACAGUGGCUCCAAGUGCGAACCCACAUCCCGCCAUCCAACAGCGAGAGGAGCGGCAAAGAAUGCAAGCAGUUAUUCAAUCAGGUCAACAGAUUCAACCAAGCACUGCGCCAAAACAAGCAGAGAUUCCAGUAAGAAAUCCUCCCCCAGCUAUAGCACCGGGCCCAAGGAGCAAUUAUCUUGAUUCGAAUCCACGUUUUCAGCCAGUGGCUCAGAAUCCAGUUCCACCUGUACCAGUGAAUCCGCUAACAUUGGCACCGCCGAGCUCGUCGCAGUUCCCUGGAUUUCCAGUGAUGAAUAACCCCUACGGGGCGAUGUAUUUUCCGAAUAUUCCUGACAUGCCGUCAUCUGGUGCUGAUUAUCAGUUUGCGCACCCUCAGGGAGGAGUCUUUAUCAACAACCCAGUCAGGCAUCCGAACUUUGGUUUGAAUGUACAGCCGUGUGCUUGGCAAGCAUCCGAGCAGCACCCGCCUACAGUUCCACCAACAGUGUCAGCAGAUUUGGGUAAAGGAUUUCCUCAUGCUACAGGUCGCAUGAUUACGCCACAGCAACUGGCGGCGCGUCAAGUUGUCUCUAGAGACCUCCCCAAGUUUUCCGGGGACCCACUCGAGUGGCCCAUGUUCUUGAGUGCAUUUGAAUCGACAACGGCCAUGUGUGGCAUACAACCCGACGAGAACCUCGCUAGGCUACAGAAGAGUCUUAUUGGUAGCGCUCGCGAAAAGGUUCAGAAUAUUCUAACGCUGCCGGAUGCAAUCCCGGAAAUUAUCGACAUCCUACGAGCCGAGUGUGGAAGGCCAGACCAAAUUGUAUACUGUCUGCUAUCCAAGAUCCGGAAAACCGCUCAGCCAUCUGUGACGAAAUUGGAGACGCUUGUGACGUUCGGCAGAGAGGUACGCAACAUGGUAACGUACAUGCAGUCAGCGAAACUGAACACCCAUUUGGACAAUCCACUCUUGCUGGCAGAGCUGGUCGCUAAGCUUCCACCCGACUUGCAGCUACAAUGGGGUAUGAACUUAGCAGCUCUUCCGGAACCAUCGCUUGGUGAUUUCUGUGCGUUUGUGUCGGCUUAUCGAACAGCGGCAUGCAAGGUGAAAUUGACGUCGGAUGUUGGUCUGAAUGAAAAAGCCACAAAAGGUGUUGUGAGAAAGGAGAACGCCUGGAAAGUUAAUCCGGAGCUAAAGCCGUGCCUGAUGUGCAAAAGUACAACGCACAGAGUCCGAACUUGUAAGCAGUUCGAAACGUUGCCGCUCGAAGAGAAGCUGAGGUUCAUCAGUGAAACGGGAAUGUGUAGGCGUUGUCUGGCGCCGCAUGGAAGGUGGCCUUGCCGAAACAAGCAGCCUUGCGGGAUCAAUGGAUGCCCUGAGCCCCACCAUAAACUGCUACAUCCAGGAAGUUGUUCGACUCUCAAGAGUCAAGGAUCGGAAUCUUCUGUAUCGGUAACUGCCCAUCAUCAACACCAGCAAGGCACCACAUUCUUCAAAAUACUUCCGGUGACUCUUCACGCGAACGGGAAGUCGGUGUCCACAUUUGCUUUUCUGGACGACGGAUCCGACCUGACGCUGGUCGAAGACGAACUUAUCGACGAACUGGGCUUGGUGGGCGAAAGAAUUCCGCUUUGCUUGCAGUGGACUAGUAACGUCACGAGAAGUGAGAGUAACUCUCGUAAGGUCGAGAUAGGUAUCUCAGGUGCAUCGAACAAUCGCAUCCAUCAGCUGGCGAACGUAAGAACCGUUGAGAGCUUGGAAUUACCGAAGCAGAGCCUGGAUUAUGAAAGUCUCUCGAAGCAAUUCCCCCAUCUGAGUGGACUUCCCAUCAGCAGCUACCGGACGGCCGUGCCACGAAUUCUUAUCGGUGUCGAUAAUGCCCAGCUCAACUUAGCUUUGAAGAAGAGGGAAAGAUCCGGAGGAGAACCUAUUGCUGCUAAAUUUCGCCUCGGAUGGGCAAUAUUCGGUGGAAGACGAGCACCUGAGACGAUAGGUAGUGCUUUCGUUCAUGUCUGCGAGAGCUCCAAUAGCCGCGAGCUCCAUGAACCGGUCCAGCAGUAUCUUGAAUUCGAAAACCUGGCGAUAUCCGGAUUGAAUCCACCCGAAUCCGAUGAAGAUCGACGGGCCAGAAGAUUGCUCGAAAAGACGACAGUUUGUAUACCAUCCGGAAAGUUCCGAACUGGAUUGCUUUGGAAAAGCGAUGAGCCGAUUUUUCCGAACUUUACCAAGGCAGUACGUCGACACAGUUGUUUUGAAAGGCGCUUGCUGAAAGAUCCCGAACUGAAAACUAAUAUUGACAAACAAAUCAACGAUUAUCUACACAAGGGGUACGUUCACAAAGCCACGUCAGACGAGCUCCGCAACAGUGACGACGGAAAGAUUUGGCAGCUGCCAAUCAGCGCAGUGCGACAUCCGAGAAAGUUAACAAAAGUGCGUGUAUUCUGGGAUGCUGCGGCUACGUAUGGAGGAAUCUUUCUGAGCUCCCAGCUUUUGAAAGGUGCGGAUUUGGUGAAGCCGCUUCUAUCUGUCAUCUGCCAAUUCCGACAGAAACAGUAUGCCAUCGCUGGGGACAUAAGGCAGAUGUUCCAGUUGAUUAUUCGUCCGGCAGAUAGAAACGCACAACGAUAUUUGUAUCAGGAGAAUUCAGAAGCUGCGCUCGAUAUGAACAUGGACGUCGCAACGUUCGGGGCAGCGUGCUCCCCGUGUUCAGCACAGUUAGCUAAGAAUGGAAAUGCCCAGGAACAUAAAGAUCGUUAUCCGGAAGCUGCUGAAGCAAUUGUUGACAACACAUAUGUUGACGAUUUCCUUGCGAGCUGUGCCAUUGAAGAGGCAACGAAACUGACUUUGGAAGUGAGUCUGGUCAACCGAUCAGCUGGUUUGGAGAUACCUAGUUGGCAGUCGCACUCCAAACACGUUCUGAAACGGGUUGGGGUGACUACUGGAGAUAAUUUUGUAGUCAACAUGGAAAAUUGCUCGCGGUGUGGUGGUCUACUCAACCGAAUUGCUAACCUGUAUCAUUUUGCGCACCGCUUUAAGCGCUUCAAACGGGAUCCUGUGGAAUCUAGUAAAUCCUGUGGUGAUCUGAAUCGUGAUGAUUAUGUGUCGGCGGAAGCAGCCAUUUGGCGGGCUGUGCAGCGACAGGUGUUUGCGGAAGAAAUUCAAGCGCUUAGAAGCAGUUCUGAGCUUUCAUCGAAGCAGUGGAAGCGUAUCGGCAAGGGAAGUGUCCUAGCGAAGCUAUCACCGGUGAUCGAUGAGUCCGGUGUUCUCCGGAUGGCGAGCGGAAUCGACCCUCAAGCGGCUCAUUAUUCGUUAGACGUGCGAAAUCCUGUGAUAGUACCAAAAGAUCAUAAUGUCACCACUCCUUUGAUCCUGCGAUUUUACCAAAGGUACGGCCAUGCCAAUAUCGAGACGGUACUGAUCGAGUACAAGCUACGUUACUACAUUCCCCGGAUGAGAGCCAGUUCGGAGAAGGCGAUUAAGACUAUCUUGCACCAUCGAAGGCUAGACGAUGAAGGACUGCGAACAUUGCUCUCGGAAGCAGAAUUGAUAGCCAACGCCCACCCGCUGACGUUCGUGCCGCUGGAGGAUCCCAAGGAAGAAGUGCUGACUCCAAAUAAUUUCCUUUGGCUAAGUUCCGGCGAGGACAGUAAACCACCAAGGGUACCAAUCGACGAUGUUACACCUCUUCGACCAAACUGGAAGGUUAUUCAACACUUAACAAACCAGUUUUGGAAGCGCUGGGUGCAAGCUUACCUACCUACUAUAGCCUGCAGGACGAAAUGGUUCGCGGAAACGCGGCCGCUGAAGGUCGGCGAUCUAGUGGUCAUCGUUGACGAGUCCGUGCGCAACGGAUGGCUCCGAGGUAAAGUGGUGAGGACUUAUCCAGGACGAGACGGACAAGUUCACAAGGUCGACGUGGAGACUUGCGACGGAUCUACUCUUCAAAGACCAGCGAUAAAAGGCAAUCAAACUACGAUGGCCGAUGCCGAAACGGCGCUGGCUACAAGUAUUAAAACUGAGCCUCUUGAUGUGGAUACUGGAAGCGCCGAUUACGCCGAAGAUGUCGCGGUUUCCCAACAUUCUAAAGAAGACGUACAGGAAGACGCUAGCCAAAUGGCAAUCUCCAAGCCAUCUAUCGAGAAGCUCUUGGACAUGGUUGUCGAUUGGGUACACUUACGGCACGUCAUGCUUUACGAGUUUCACAAAGGAUUAAAGGUUGCAAAAGCCUUUAGAAACAUCCGUGCGGUUUAUGGACAUCAGGCACCAGCUAAAAAAACAGUGUUUAAAUAUUUUACCAAAUUUCGUCGCGGAGAUUUCAACCUUCAAGAUCUAAGUCAUGCUCAGCAUGAUGUUUCGCACUCAUCCGACCUCCGAGAGAUCAGCAUAGCUGAGGAUAUCUUGGAUAUUGGUGAUCCUGAAAUUCGUCAAUAUUUAUGUUCUUCAAUUUCUGAUGAGCAUUCAAGCACUCCUACCUUGGAUAUAUCAACAGCAAGUUGCUCGUUCAAACCGGAACCACAAGCGGAUGAGAUAAAGUUUGAUGAUUUGAUAGAAGUCAAAGAAGAGGAGGCUUGGAAGGAUGAGCUGUACGAACCGGGAGAACACAAAAUUCAUCAAAUGCAUUCCGGAGCAAAAGAGCAAUACAACUGUGACGAGUGCAAAUUAACUUUUAAAAAGGAGAAAUCUCUAUGGGACCAUCUCUCAUCGAAGCAUUUGAAAAAACCGCGGUACGAGUGUGAGUUCUGUGGGGAACGUUUUUUCUAUCACCAACAAUAUUAUUACCAUCGAAAAAAUGAUCAUCCUAAGGAGUACAACGCACUACUUAAGCAAAAGAAUGUCCGUUCGCUGCCCUUGAACUGUUUGUAUAGAAUAGAUACAUUCAAAACUGUUGAAAACGGCAUUCUUCCCGUGAACGAAAAAACCGGUUCCAUGCUUGAAACAAAUGAGUCACAAACGGCGGUAUCGAAUCGAUUGGAGAACGAGACAAACGAAUCAGAACAGUAUGAUCAUGAGUGCAGAUUAUGUCACAAAACGUUUAACACUAUCUACUACCUGGAUUGUCAUUAUGCAUCGAAGCACCAGUAUGAGCCACAGUAUGAAUGCGAGGACUGUAAUAAGCGUUUCCUUAAGUCUAGAAAUCUUACAUCGCAUCGAAAGCGUUGUAAAUUUAACAAAUCAGGAAAGAGUUACAUCUGUGACAGAUGCCCUUCUACGUUUAGUUUCAUUAGAAGUCUGAACGAUCAUUUUUCUGCGAAGCAUUUGAAAAAACAUCGAUACGAGUGUGAAUUUUGUGGGAAACGUUUUUUCUAUUGUCGAGAGUAUUGUCGUCAUCGUCGUUGGAAGCAUCUUGAGCAAUACGAGGCGCUACUUAAACGAUCUAGUGUCAACAAGUUGCCAAUCAAUUACCGGUUCCGGAUGAAUGGUUUGAAAGUGUCGGAAAUUAGCGAAGAAUCCCCCAGCGAUGAAAUACCGACAUCCUCAAGCAUCCUUCCUUUAAACGAAUCAAGAGAAAAUUUCUCAAAUGAGCUGAACGAUACCGAGACAACCAGUAAAGAACAUUAUGAAUGCAGAUUAUGCCACAAGAGAUUCAACAGAAAUCAAAAUUUGGAUCGCCAUUAUGCAUCAAUACACAAAGAUGAGCCACAGUUUGAAUGUGAGUUCUGUAAAGAGCGUUUUCUUAAGUCGGCGAAAUUUAAGCUUCAUCGAAAGCAAUGUAAAUUAGGAAACAAAGACAGAUACGAAUGUGAAUUUUGUGGGGAUCGUUUCGUCAAUUUGCAAAAAUACCUCUACCAUCGCAGAUCGAAGCAUCUUCAGCUAAUUAAGCGACGUGAAGGUUCAACCGUAACCGGCGAAGAGGAUGCCAAGACAACCAAAGAGAAGUAUGAAUGCAAAUUAUGUCACAGAAUGUUCACCCGUGGUGACAGUUUGGAUCGCCAUUAUGCAUCAAUUCACAAGAAUGAGCCUCAGUUUGCAUGCGAACAUUGUAAUGAAUUUUUCCUAAGGUCGGUAGACCUUAGAUUGCAUCAACCGCAAUGUCAACUUAACAAAAAUGAAGAAAAUAACGCGGAACUAAAUAAGCAGAUAAAUGCUCUUACGCUACCUGACAAUUGUCUGUUUGAAAUGGAUGGGUGCAAAAUUGUUGACAAAAUAGUUACCAGAACAACGCCUAAUCUGGAAGAGCCCCGAGAGAACUGCAUUUCGGAGGAAAACCUGUUGAUUGAUGAUCCUGACGCAAGCAAACUUACCUGUUCAGAUGAAACUUUAAGCAUUCUUCCUGCGGAUGAACCAACAGGAAGUUCAUCAUCCAAACUUGGAACAAAUAAAUCACAUACGGCCGAUACGGAUUCCGAUGAUUCGGAUGAUUCGGUUUUGUUAGAAGAAAAGCGAGCUUGGGAGAAUGAGUUGGUCGGUAAAGAGACAAACGAUGCAACGCAAAAACAGGAACGGGGAUUCAGCUGUGACAAAUGCCAUCGUUCGUUUAAAUCCAACAUAUGUUUGUUGGAUCACAUAACAAGGCAACAUUUAAACAAACCAAGAUACGAGUGUGAGUUUUGCAGAAAACGUUUCUAUUAUCAUCAACAAUAUUCUUACCAUCGGAGACAAGUGCACAUCGAGGAAUACUUCGCACUGCUCAAGGAAAGGAAUUCUCGCACGCUGCCUUACAAUUGCUUGUUCGAAAUGGAUGGGAGUAAAAUUCUUGAAAUUCCUGUCAGCACAAUAUCAGACUCUAGUGGGGUCUCAGGCGUCGCUGAAAAUAACAUACAUUAUUUAAAAUUCAUAAAACUAUUUCUCCUCAGCAUGUCUAAGGAUAAUCAAAGUAUUGGUGAUAUUGAUUCAAGUAAACUAAACUAUUCUGAGAGACAUUCUACUGAUGCGGAACAAAAAAUCUAUAAAUGCAAAUUAUGUCAUAAAAUGUUCUCUCGUGGUGACAAUUUGGACCGCCACUAUGCAUCAAUUCACAAGAAUGAGCCACAGUUUGCAUGCGACUACUGUAAUAAGCUAUUUCUAAGGUCGGUAGACCUGAGAUCCCAUCAAACGCUAUGUCAACCUAAAAAAAGAUCAGACAAAUUCAGCUGUGACAUUUGCCCCGAUACAUUUCAAUCCAAAGUUCUUCUGAUGGAUCAUUUUGCACUGAGCCAUUUAAAGAAACAGCGAUACGAGUGUGAGUUUUGUGGAAUGCGUUUCUUCAAUCGUCCACAGUACAGGUUCCACCGAAUAAAUGAUCAUCCUGAGGAAUAUGCGGGACUAAUUAAGCGAACAAAUGUCCUUACGCUACCUGACAAUUGUCUGUUUGAAAUGGAUGGGUGCAAAAUUGUUGACAAAGCAGUUACCAGAACAACGCCUGAUCUAGAACAGCCCAGAGAGAACUGCAUUUCUGAGGAUAAUCUGUUGAUUGAUGAUCCUAACGCAAGCAAAAUUACAUAUCCAGAUGAAAUUUUAAGCUAUCUUCCUGCGGAUGAACCAACAAGAAGUUCAUCAUCCAAACUAGGAACAAAUGAAUCACAAACGGCCGAUACGGAUUCCGAUGAUUCGGACGAUUCGGUCUUAUUAGAAGAAAAGCGCGCUUGGGAGAAUCAGUUGGUCGGUAAAGAGACAAACGAUGCAACGCAAAAACAGGAACAGGGAUUCAGCUGUGACAAAUGCCAUCGUUCGUUUAAAUCCAACAUAUGUUUAUUGGAUCACAUUACAAGGCAACAUUUAAACAAACCAAGAUACGAGUGUGAGUUUUGCAGGAAACGUUUCUAUUAUCAUCAACUUUAUUCUUACCAUCGGAGACAAGUGCACCUCGAGGAAUACUUCACAUUGCUCAAGAAAAGGAAUGCCCGUACGCUGCCUUACAAUUGCUUGUUCGAAAUGGAUGGGUUUAAAAUUCUUAAAGAUAUUCCUAUCAGCUCAAUAUCAGACUCUAGUGGGGUCUCAGGCGUUGCUGAAUUAAGCAUUGGUGAUCUUGAUUCAAGUAAAUUAAACUCUUCUGGGAAGCAUUCUACAGAUGCGGAACAAAAAACCUACGAAUGCAAAUUAUGUCACAGAAAGUUCACCCGCGGUGCCAGUUUGGAUCGCCACUAUGCAUCAAUUCACAAGAAUGAGCCACAGUUUGCAUGCGAAAACUGCAAUAAGCUUUUCCUAAGGUCGGUAGACCAGAGAUUGCAUCAAAUGCGAUGUCAACUUAAAAAAAAAGAAGACAAAUUCAGCUGUGACAUUUGCCCCGAUACAUUUCGAUGCAAAGUUCUUCUGAUGGAUCAUUUUACACUGAGUCACUUGAAGAAAGAGCGAUAUGAGUGUGAGUUUUGUGGAAUACGUUUCUUCAAUCGUCCACAGUACAGGUUCCACCGAAUAAAUGAUCAUCCUGAGGAAUACGCGGAACUAAUUACGCAAACAAAUGUCCUUACGCUACCUGACAAUUGUCUGUUUGAAAUGGAUGGGUGCAAAAUUGUUGACAAAAUAGUUACCAGAACAACGCCUGAUCUAGAAGAGCCCAGUGAGAACUGCAUUUCUGAGGAAAACCUGUUGAUUGAUGAUCCUAACGCAAGCAAACUUACCUGUUCAGAUGGAAUUUUAAGCACUAUAUCAGAAUCAAGUGGGGUUCUAGGAGUUGCUGAAGUAAGUAUCGGUGAUCUUGAUACAAGUAAACUAAACUAUUCUGAGAGGCAUUCUACAGAUGGGGAACAGAAAAACUACGAAUGCAAAAUAUGUCACAGAAAUUUUUACAGCAAAUUCAAUAUGAAGCGUCAUAUUGCAAUUAUGCACAAGGACGCUCCUAAGGAAAUAACAUUCAACCUAAGCGCGUCGAACGAAGCUUCAGGAUGCGCUUCAUCCUCUCUUGGAAUAAAUAAUGAAGCUCGAACGGUGGAAUCAGAUUUAAGUGAUUUGAUCGCUACCAAAGAAGAUAAUGAUUCUAAAACGGAGCAGUCCGAUACAGAGACAAACGAUGAGAAGGGUUUGUCCGUUGAAUACCAUACGGGCACACUGAAUCGCCACUGUUCAUCGGUACACAAGAAUAAUCCCGAAUUCAAAUGUAGGUACUGUAACGAGCGUUUCAUUCGAUCUUUCGAACGGAAUCUGCAUCAAAGGCGAUGUGCUAAAGAAAAAUGCGUAGUACGAUACCAGUGCGAAUUUUGUGGCAAACGUUUCAACAGUCGUUCAAUGUAUGGUAAACACCGUGAACGUAAGCAUCCCAAAGAAUACAAUGCACAGCUUAAGAAAAACAAAACACGUAUUCUGCCCUGCAAUCGUUUGUAUAGAAAAGUUGGUCGAAAAUUUGACAGUGAACCAAUACAAGAGGAGGACCCUGCAGCACUUUUCAGAACUGAGCAUGACAAUGAACCAAAGCCAAGCUUUUCCAUCGAUAAUGAAGCCACAGAAAAGCAAACUGCGUAUACAGAAUCUGCGAAUGAACCAAACCAAAGCUGCCCAAUCGAAUCAGAAGCCACAGAGCAGCAGACUGCGGAUACGGAAUCCUAUGAUUCAGCUGUUAUCAAAGAGGAGGACGCUUGGAAAAGCCAGUUAGACGAAACUAGCGAAGAGCUUCGUUUCAAAUGCACAUAUUGCCCGAGAGAUUACGCUUUGAAACGCUCAUUGCGAAGACAUUACAUGGAUGCACACAAUAAACAACAGUUGUUCAAAUGUAAGCACUGUUUGAGAGAAUUCGUUAACGCACGUGUAUAUAUACAACACCAAAAGUUAUGUAAGUCUGUGAACAAAUGCGGAGCGUGUGGUAUGCAGUUUGCUAAGAAAACGUGUUUGAAGGAUCAUUUUGCAUAUAAACAUAUGAAACAACCAAGAUAUGAGUGUGAGGUUUGUGGCAGACGGUUUUUUCUUCGCCAUGUAUAUGGUUAUCAUCGAAAAACUAAGCAUUUCAAGGAAUAUAGCGAACUACUAGCACAAUAUAAUGGUUCUUCGUUACCUUAUAACUGCUUGUUUGAGUUGGAUGAUAGAACAUUGGCGAUGACUGCAGGUGGUGAGAAAAGCAUUCUCCCUGCGGACGUACCAACAGCACAUCCAUUGUCCAAACUGGGAUCAAAUGAAUCACAAACGGCUGAUACGGAUUCGGAUGAUUCAGUCCUAUUGGAAGAAAAGCGAGCUUGGAUGAAUGACUUGGUCGAAACAGACGAUGCAAAGCAAAAACAGGAAAGGGGAUUCAGCUGUGACAUAUGCCAUUGUUCAUUCAAAACGAAUUUCGAUCUAACCGAUCACAUCACAGCGCGGCAUUUAAAAAAACCAAGAUACGAGUGUGAGUUUUGCAGGAUACGUUUCUAUUAUCAUCAAAAAUAUAACUACCAUCGGGAAAAUGUGCACCCUGAGGAAUUCAACGCACUGCUUAAGGAAAACAAAUCCAGUACCCUGCCUAUCAAUUACCUGUUCCAAAUGGAUGGGUAUAAAAUUCUAAAUAUUCCCACCGGAACAGCAUCAAACUCCAGUGGGCUCCUAGGCGUUACUGAUAAUAAUCUGUUGAUUUGUGAUCCUAAUUCAAUUACCUACCCUAAAGUGCCACCAAUUUUUUCAAGAACUGCACCGGAGGAUAAACCAACGCCAGGCUGCUCAAACGUUUCUAAAGCUAAAGAGACGCGAACUGCGGGGGCAGAUUCCUAUCAAAAGGUAAACAUCUGGAAAAGUGACGUAAACAAAACUCGACGCUCAGCGUUUCGUUUCAAGUGCAGUGAAUGCCCGAAAAAGUGCAAAAAAAAGGGCGAAUUGCAACAACAUUAUAGGCUGGCACACAGCAAUAAGCAAUUUUAUGAAUGCAAGCACUGCAAGAGGCGUUUCAUUGGGGCACGAAGACACCAAAAACACCAGAAUUCAUGCAAGGCCGAAACAUUCGAUGAAUUUAAAUGUCCAAAAUGCAAUAUGAAGUUUAGUAUGAAGGUUAAUUUGAUGGAUCAUUUUGCUUCGGAGCAUAUGAAAAAACAAAGGUAUGAGUGCGAGUUUUGUGGAGAACAUUUUUGGAAUCGUUAUGUGUACAGUUAUCAUCGGAUAAAGAAACAUACCGAGGAAUAUAACGCACUGCUCAAACAACGUAAUGUUCGUAUAUUACCCUAUAACUGUUUGUUCAAACUAGAUAUUGAUGCACUGGGGUCCGUUGAUGUCGAAGAAAGCACCAUUUCAGACCUCAAUGAUGAUCCAACGCCAAUAAGUCCUUCAAAUGAAACUGUAGUGAAAGAGGAGCCAAUAGAAACCUCAAUCGUAAUUGAAGAAGGAGAUGCUGCCUGGGAAACCAAGCUACCCGAAAUAGAGAAACCUAAUUUAUAGACUGAUGUUCUAAACAUCAUAAGUAAUUUUGUUAAAUUAUUGUUUUGUUUUUUUUUCAAACCCAAUUUAUAGUAAUGUUUCCUGGUUCAAUAUAACAUUAGUAAACAAUUGUUACUAAUGUAGCUUACGUUUAGUCUAUACGAGGUUAGUGAGAUGAUUUGAUUUGACUCACUUGAAAGUCGCCCGAAUCUUGGAUAGUGGUAUGGUAAGUUUGCCUCUGUCCAUCACCGAUGUAAGAUCGUUGAAUAAAGCUGUGAUUUUUGAUGGAGUAAUAUCUCACCACUGU